CCUCCACUACCACCCCUCCCCAUUCCCCUCCUCUCUCCUCUCCUCUCCCGCUGCCUUGCACCUCUCUCAGUAUGUGCUGUCAAUAAUUGAUGGUUCUACAGACUCAAAGGGUAACAGGUCUAAAGAGGCAAUCGCUCAUGCGUUUAUUUAUUUAUUUACCAUUCCUAUCUUUACACACACCCAGUCAGUAAGACCACUAUCUGUGUGUCUUAGAGCACGGCGAUCGAUACCCAGCGACCCCUCUGUCUCUGCGUCCAUACAUGUACUGUAUGUCAGGGCAGGGUCAUGGGGGUUUGUUAUCCAUCAGUGCGUGUCCCUGCGGCCAAGAUGGGGUUAAUAUUGCUCGUCUGGCUGACAGCAGGAUAUAGGGAAGGAAGUAUAGAGAUUAAAUGAGUGAGAGGCAGGGGGCAGAGAGGAGAGAAAGAGAGAGAGAGAGAGAGGGAGGGGAGUGAUUUAAUUCAUCCCUAGGCAGUACUGAUUGACUAUAGCUAGCACACUGGCACUCACAAGCACUAACACCCACACAGAACGAUGGAGAGAGACAGCAGAAAUGAGAAGUUCUUCUCCAGAAAGAGAAGUUUCACUUUUGGGGCAUAUGGAGGUGUGGACAAGUUCAUCAGUGAAAAUGAGACUAGACCAGAACCUUUAGAACACAGCAUUCUGGAUAUUUCGGACUCCCCUACCAGCGAGACCAAACCGUUCCUUUCUGCUGGCAGCAACCAGAAGGUGACAGAGCUGUUUGAGAUCAUUGAGAAGUUGCAGAGCAGCAGGCUAGAUGAACAGCGCUGUGAAUUCCCUCUGCCUUUGAGGUCUCAGCUUUUGAAGAUAGGUCGUGACCUUCCUCUGAUCCUGCCUCCAAAGCUGGGUGGUUACUGGAUAGACCCCCCGCUACAGAAGUUUGCUGAGACCAGUCCGACAUCCUCUCAUUAUGGACUAGACCCAGAGACCUAUGACAUCAUGGAGAGAGACAGCGAGGCCACAUACUACCAGGAGUUCUUCCGCUCACGAUAUCAUCACUCGUUCACAGCAGUGGACCCCUCCCUGGGACCCCUCCUUCUCUCUGUCUGUUUGGAGGAAGAAGAGAAGAGGCUGAGAGUAAUCCUGAGGAUGAGGGAAUGCUCUAUGCAUGGGGUUUUCUCUGUGUCUCUGUUCCCAAACAUCCCGUCUGCUGUGGAGCUGGCCAAGAUGCUAUGCGACAGUGUGACUGUGUCCAGAUUUGAUGUGGUCAGUUACCUCAAGGCACCAGAUCUUAUAACAGCAUUUGAUGAACACAGAGUGUCUCUGAAUUUCAAGUUUGGUGUCUUGUAUCAGAGAGAGGGACAGUUGACAGAGGAGGACAUACUCUGUAACAAUGAGGAAAGUGAAGAGUUUCAAGAAUUCCUCUCUAUUUUGGGAGCUACAGUCGCACUUCAAGGGUUCACUGGGUUCCGAGGAGGUUUGGACGUGUAUCACGGCCAGACAGGAAAUGAUGCGGUCUUCACUUCCUUCCACGGCAGAGAGAUCAUGUUCCAUGUGUCCACCAAAUUGCCCUUCACAGAGGGCGAUACACAACAGCUACAGAGGAAGAGACACAUUGGCAACGACAUCGUUGCUGUUGUUUACCAGGAGGGCCACACCCCUUUUCUGUCUGAUGUCAUCGGCUCACACUUCCUGCACUGUUUUCUAGUGGUCAGGAGGGUGAGGAAGAGAGUGGGGGACGAGGGGGAGGGGGAGGAAGCAGGAGGAGGAGGGGUGUUCCAGGUGUCAGUCACAGCCAGAGAGGAUGUACCUCCCUUUGGUCCCUCCCUCCCUGAUCCUCCCAUAUUCACAGAGAGCUCCCUGUUGAGAGAGUUCCUUCUGACCAAGCUUAUCAAUGCAGAGAUCUCCUGUUAUAAGGCUGAGAGGUUCAGUAGACUGGAGCUGCGCACUCGUUCGUCCCUCCUGGAGGGUCUGCAGGCGGAACUGUCCACCCGCUCCCAGUGCAUGAUGGGAGAUUCGCCUGUGUCCACCCUCUCGACUUCUGAGGGGAUGAGGGGUGUAACUGAGGGGAGUGGAGGGUUCAUCGAAAACUUUAAGAGAGCCAUUAGGGUACGCAGUAAUUCUUUUGACACUCUUGGGGGGCCUAGAAAGAUGGGCGGGGUGCCACUCCCACAGAAGCCCAAGGCUGCUACAGAGAGAGAUGGAGAGAGUGAGUUGGCCUACAAGCCCCCUGAACCCAGCUUUCCGCCCACAGACAACCUGGGCUCCACAGAGGUCAAAGACUACUCCAGUCCCCAGGAGAAUACGUAGGCAGACAGAAUUAUGUGUAUAUUUGAGUAAUAACCAAGUGGAUACUUUGUAUGUACAGUGCAUUCGGAAAGUAUUCAGACCCCUUGACUUUUUCCACGUUUUGUUACGUUACAGCCUUAUUCUAAAAUUGAUGAAAUAGU